AUGAUAAUUUCAUUAGUAGUAAUUGCUAUAGUCGGAUAUUACACCUACAAAUGGAUCUUGUAUCCCUUGUACAUAUCGCCAUUAUGCAAGAUUCCUGGGCCACCUCCUGAUCAUUUUUUGUUGGGAAACUUUGUAAAAAUAUUUAAAGAAGAGGUCGGGCAUCCGCAAAUAAAAUGGACUAUUGACUAUGGAGGAGUGUUGUGUUAUCGAAGUCUCUUCAACAGACCCCGAGUAUUCAUAACCGAUCCUAAAGCCUUGCAGCAUGUAUUAUCGACCAAUGUGUAUGAUUAUCCUAAACCCAAAAUGGCUUUUGUAUCGUCCGUAGUCGGCAAUGGAAUUUUGAUGGCCGAAGGGGAGGUACAUCGACGACAACGGAAAAUGAUGAAUCCGAUUUUUUCUUAUUCUAAUGUUAAGGAAAUGAUACCUAGCUUUGCUAAAGUAGCUCACACGUUGAAAGAUAUUUGGAUAGAAAAAUUAAAUAACCGCGAAGACAUAAUUGAUAUAGUUCCUUACUUAUCUCAAGCUACACUGGAUGUCAUAGGAAUAGUUGGAUUCAACUACCAAUUCAAUUCCUUGACAACCACAAACGAAUUGGCUACUGCAUAUGAAAUGGUUUUUCAUCCCAAAAAUAGGGAAAACUUAAUAAUUCGUAUAUUAUCCAAUAAUUUUCCAAUGUUCGAAAAAUUGCCAAUUAAAUCAAACAUCCAAAAAAAAGAGGCAUUGAAAAUUAUUCACAAUGUGUCUGAGAACCUGGUCCGCGAGCGACUAGAGGAAGCUAAACGAGGUGAAUUGCAAGGCACAGACCUAUUAACGAUGUUGGUGAAAAUCAAUGAACAAGCGGAAGAGAAAAUGUCAUUUGAUGAACUUAAGAACCAGAUAAUGACUUUCCUCGCAGCAGGUCAUGAAACCACCAGUGUGGCCACAGGGUGGGCAUUGUACUAUUUGUCCAAAGAUCAGGAAUCUCAAAGUCUUUUACGUGAGGAACUGAUGGAAGAAUUUCCAGACAAAAAUUUCGUGCCAACGUUUGAUCAAAUCAAUGAUUUAGAAUACUUGAACGCGGUAGUUAAAGAAACCUUAAGGAUUGUGCCUCCAGUGCCUAUUGUUGUACGCAAGCCAAAAAAAGAUGAUGUGAUUAAUGGUUACGUUAUUCCCAAGGGUACUCCAGUAUUCAUAUCUCCCAACACAGUCCACAGACUACCAUCAAUCUGGGGUCAAGAUGCCGAUGAUUUCAAACCUUCCAGGUGGUUAAUAGAUUCAUCAUUCGUUAUCACCGCGCCUGAUACGAGCAUGGGCUCAUUCUCUGAUUCGAAUUUGGUCGAUGACAAACCGGUCACGAACUAUACAUGGAUGCCAUUCAUUACCGGAACAAGAAAUUGCAUAGGUGGCAAGCUGGCGUUGAAUGAGAUGAAGGUAUUGUUGGCAGUGUUGAUUAGAAACUUUAGAUUUCGGGAAAUUGAGGGAUUUGAAGUAAAGAGAAAGAUGAGUAUAACAUUGAGGCCGGAUCCCACUAUUAAGCUUUGGGUGGAAGAGAUGGAAAAUUAA